CGGCCUAUGAGGAAUGUCUCUUCAGUGAGAGGACCCUUCUGGGUGGAUGACGGACCCCUCUGGCUUCUGUUAAACGCCACCCUUCAUGUCCCUAUUCCAAACCUAGAGGAAUACAAUACACAUUGACAGACCAGCGGCUGGUACAUCAUGGCAACUCCUGAGAAGGACGAGGAGGUGGUUUUGGAUGGUGGAGGUGAAGAGGAGGCGGGUCCUGAUGAAGAGCCGGAAGACCGAGUGAAGAGCAUACAGUCCCACUAUCUACGCUGCCCUUCUCCCACCAGACUCUCCACAGCUUCCGACCGGUUCUCCACGAUGACAGACAGGUUCUCCAUGAUCUCAGGAUUCUCCAACUCUGAAAGUAUCUUCAUGGAGCCUAUCCACCUUUCCUCUGCAAUUGCGGCCAAGAAAAUCAUCAACGAGGAAUUGCCCAAAAAGGAUGUGAAGAUUGCCCCUGUUCCUGAAUCCAUGCUGGAGAGCGCCGAACAGCUCAUGGUUGAGGAUUUGUACAACCGUGUGAAGGACAUGAUUGAUGACCGCAGCCUGUAUAACACGCCCUGUGUCCUGGACAUUCAGAGGGCACUGAUCAAGGAUCAUGUGGAGGCUCCCUUUAACCCUGUGGAUGAGGUCUGGCCCAACAUCUUCAUAGGAGAGAAGUCGGUGGCGGUGAAUAAAGCCCGACUGAAACGUAUGGGCAUCACACAUGUCCUGAAUGCUGCUCAUGGGACGGGUGUCUACACAGGACAGGCGUUCUAUUCCGGAAUGGACAUCACCUAUAUGGGCAUUGAGGUGGACGACUUUGCUGAUGCGGACAUCUCACCUCACUUCCGCACAGCAGCAGAGUUUCUGGAUGAAGCUUUGCUUACACAUAGGGGUAAAGUAUUGGUGGACUCCAUGAUGGGUGUGAGCCGUUCAGCAGUCCUUGUAGCUGCCUACCUCAUGAUUUUCCAAGAUAUGACUAUCAUGGACGCUCUGACGGAAAUAAGAAAGAAACGUGCUAUCAACCCCAAUGAGGGCUUCAUCAAACAGCUGCGCCAACUGAAUGAGAACCUUCAAGAGGAACGUGACGAUGAGGACAACGAAACACUAAGUCAGUGCUCGGUCAUUGACACUCUUGCCCAAAUGGAUGAGGAAGAGAGUCUUAUGGGAGUCAAGGCUCACUCUAUUAUGAUGGAGGAAGAGGGGGAUUGUGCUAGUGUGAUGAGUAGUGUGGCGUCAUCUGCUGCGGCACUAAGAGCUGGCAUUCAAUCGGGUCCCAAUGGAGGAGACACAAGGAGUUCAUCCGAUAAUCUGGAUCUGCCAGGAAAAGAAGGAGAGGAAGAGGAGGAUGACGACAUCAACUCAGUGAUCAGGGAGUGGCAGCGCCGAAACGAGAAGUAUCAGAAUGACGACUGGUGGGAGGCACAGUUGAUGAGUGAAUGUGAAGAUGACGGAGAAUCUGUCCAAGGUGAACGGAAGCCUCGGCCGAAGCCAGAGGACCUAGACAGUGUGACCAGCGAGGAUGUCCGCGUCAUGAGAGAAAUGCUGAAGAAACGCAGAGACUUUGACUCCGUAUCCUCGGUAUCCUCUAAAUCCAGCUGCAGUAGCUACUCAGACCUUUGGAAGCAGCGCUUGAGAGAAAUUGAGGAGCAAGCUGCUAGUCGAUACAAAGCCAAAGAGAAUGAAGAAUCUGAAGGAGAAACAGAUGGAGAAAGCGGUUCAAAGAUCAGCAGAAAGAAAAUCGACGAUGAACUAGAGAGUAUAAUGUCAGACUCCAGCUCCAUGUAUAACUUCUGCAAGAAAAAUAAAGACUCCUUGUCGGUCUUAGAACGCUGGAAGGUUAAACGUAUUCAUUAUGGCUGGAAUAAGAAGGAAGCAGAGAGUGACACAGGAAGUGUAGUCAGCGGUGGAGGGCAAGGAGAAGGAGAAGGGGAAACACCGACACCUUCCCUUGAGGACGUUAACUUGACCGCCUACCAAACCUGGAAGUUGAAGCAGCAGAAAAAGUAUGGUGGUGAAGAGAAUAAGAAUGAGCUCUUGGACAUAUGUCGUGGUGCAGACUCUGCCACCGCGAAGCGUAGGCAGCGACGGGAAGAGCUUCUCGAACGCUCACGGAAGACUCUGGAGGAGAGCCAGUCUGUCUGUGGCUGGGACAGCGCGUCCUCCGUCAGUGGCAGCAGCAUUCCGCUGUCUGCCUUCUGUGCAGGAGCAUUCCCUGCGGCUAGCGUUGCUGCCGACGACAGUGUUUCCAUGCUCAGUGGAAGAUCACGUCAAUCUCAGGCACGCAGUGUGCACUCCCAACCACCUGCCGCGCCACCACAGCUUCCUCCCCUGCCUCCUUUGCAGACCCCAGAUGGGGAACCCAUGGUGAAUCUUGCUAGCAUCCAGAAUUGGAUCUCCAAUGUUGUGGUUGAGACUCUUAUGCAGAAACAAGGGGACUUGGAUGGCAGUGUCCUUGGCUCGGUCCUUGGCUCAUUGGGUGGACGGUCACAGCUUGGGUCAGUGGGUGGACGGUCACAGCUUGGCUCGGUGCGAGGACUCGACGAUGACAAGGUAUCAAUGCUGAGUGGAGCAUCCGGCUCAAGUUAUCAGUCUCGCUGCAGGGCAGAGUCUGUGCUCUCUGCAGGAGGAACAUCCAGACCUUUGUCAGAAUAUGCGAGUCUUUCUGGCAGGAAGAAGGUCACCACCACCAGUGUGCCCUUAUACAGUCUCUUCCAGGACGAGGUCAACUUGAACAAGCUGGACUCCAUGGACAAGGAGAUGAAGCUGGAGAUGAGAGACAAGAUGGCGGCUUACGAGAAGAAGAAGAUAACAGAGGACAACAAACGCAGCACGUUGUACAAAAAGAAGAAGCCAAAAGACGAAGACGAAGAUGAGGAGCAGGGAGAGGCAGAAACUUCCGACAUCACAUCAAAUAGAUACAGUUCUCCCACUACGGCUCCUCCUUCAGCUCGUCCAAAAAUAAAGCGGGAUUAUGGACGCUCAGGACGACUCAACCUCUCCGGAAUAUCAAAAGACGCGACCUGCAGUAUAGAUGAAUGGUUAAAAAACGUAAGACCGCCUUCGAGGAGGCCAGAGCCUGUAGAUGAAGAUGAGCCCACAGGGUCCUCAGACACAACUGACUACUCCAGAAAUGGAUUCGCUCACACCAGUGAUGAUGAGGAGGUUGAAUACAGAGGUUCUAGGUACCAUGCUAGCUCUGACUACUCCAGAAAUGGAUUCUCUCAAACCAGGGAGGAGGAGGAUGAGGCUGUGUACAGCGGUUCUAGGUACUGUGCUAGUGCUGACUACUCCAGAAAUGGAUACUCUCAAACCAGGGAGGAGGAGGAUGAGGUCGAGUACAGCGCUUCUAGGUACCGUGCUAGCUCUGACUACUCCGAGGGUUUCAGACAGAGUGCAACAUCAGAACAGCAAUACCAACCAAAACGAGACACUGAAGGAAGAGGCACAAGCAGAGAUGAUGAUGAUGAUGACGAAGAAGAUGUGAAUGCCUACAUUAGUCAAAUUCGGCAACGAUGUCGUGAAAGGGUGCAAAGAGAGCUGGAGGAGAAAGAGGAUGAGGUUCUUGCGGCAUGGAGGACCCAGGAGGAGUUAAAGUCUGCAACACACAAAUGAAGGCAAGAGAAUUCCUAAUCUCUUCAAUGAGCUCCGUAAGGGGUAUCCUUCUCGUAACAGUCUCUUGUUCAGAGCAAACUUUAUAGAAAAAAAGAUACAUUUCAAUUGGUGUAAAUUCUUUGGAUACACAACAAAUUCACAUAUGCUACCACAACUGAAGAAGUACAAAGCAUGGAUGCAUACUGUAGCCGGAAUCAUAUUGGAUAGAACAACAAGGUAUUGCAUACCACCUCAAACAGAAGUUCCCCUGAGGAGAUUAAUGAAAUAAGAAUAUAUUAUCAGAAUAUAAAAAUUUGCAGAUGAUCAGAUCUGGAAAAGCAAUCUACAAACUAUUACCUACAGUAAAUUCAGUAAUAACAGACCCAGCUACUGUAUUUCACUCCUCUGAACUGUCCAAAGGAAGUAAUCCUACAGUACUGUAUUUCCAUCCACACAGCAUUAUUUUAUCAAAACCUUCAGAGAUCUCAGUUUACUCUUCAUGACUAUUGCAUAGUUUUCACUUCAGGAUAUGCAAAUGGUGUCAUUAAUAGUUUAUGGUUAUGGUUAUAAUAUUUUUCAGACACCUUAUCCAUAACAGCACAUAGUUUUUUAAAAACAGAUUAUUGCAGCACGUUUAAAUAUAUAAUUGUAAUGUAUGUGUAUUAAACAUUUGUGAAAUCUUUUAACUUA